UUUUUAUUGUCACAUUGCAAUCGUCGUGUGUAUUUUAUUGUGCAAGAUUCCACGAAAAACUCAAUACCUCUUAAUCAACUAUAAGCAACUUUUUUUAUUUGAAAUUAAUAAAAAUCUUCAAUUAGUUGACAGUUCACAGCUGUAUAUUUUAUAUUUUGACAAUUGUGUUUGUUGACAUCCGUGGCAACGGUGUCCAAAGUGUGUUCGAAUUUUGACAUAAUCAGUCUAAUUUUCAGGCAGACCAGUUCGAUUUUCCGUCUUCUCUUCGACUACAACAAAUUUUAAUCUAUCAAAAUGAUUAAAUAAAAUAUAGUUAAAAAUGUGAAUCGACAAUAUUUAUUUAAGUUUCUGGACAUGAGCUGAUAGCAUUUUCAGCGAAAUUGUCAUUGUUGAUUGUGAUAACAGAUUCCGUCAAAGAAGCACAAGGUUCGAAUAAAAAAAUAAAACAGAUUUGAAAAUAGCACAUUUAAAACGCUAAAUUAGACGACAAUUAGAUAUUUGGAUAUUUUACACCCAAAAAAUGACCUAUCGACCACGGGGCACAUUAGCACGUACAUUAUACGAUAAAAUUCACAAUGAUCAAUAUCUGGAGGGAUAUGACAUGAGAUUGUGGUACACGCUUACUACCAGACUACCAGAACGCUUUCAAAAGAAAUUUUUGGCAUUAGAACAACCGGACGAGACCACUUUACACUGGUUGAAUCGAGCCAGAAAAUUAUCCAGCAAUCUUUGGUUGCAAUUAUGGCAUUUGUUUGCACGAACAUUCCUCAGCUUUUUUAUGACACAAACAUCGAUUAAUGGCCUACUUCGUCGUGGGUCGAUGUUCAUUUUAUCAGAAGAACAAUUUAAGCGGCUCCUUACGUUUGGAGGAUUUAACGUUAAUCGGCUGUCGGCCAUAAAUAAUGAAAUUUCCAUUUUGGACAUUGGUGCUGGUGAUGGUGAAGUUACUAUGCGCAUAGUCAAGGGAAUUGUGCACAUGAAAAAUAACAUUUUCCUGAAAGUGUUUGCAACUGAGUAUAGCUGGACUAUGCGUGAACGUCUACAGGAAAAGAAAUUUAUUGUGAUUGAUAAAUUAGAUGAAGUGGAGAAUAUUGAUUUAGUAUGUUGCCUGAAUGUGCUAGAUCGAUGUGCCGAUCCACAUCAAAUCUUAAGAGAUAUUCAUCGUGCACUAUCGCCAGAAGGACGAGCUGUGAUUGCCCUUGUUUUACCAUACAGUCAUUAUGUUGAGACAAAUACGUCUCAUUUACCGAUUAAACCAUUGUUGCCACAUUGGUUGGAAGCAAUUUCAUUGCCAUUUGAUCAGGAGGCCAAAUGCUUUUUUGAUCAAUUGGAAACCAUGGGCUUUUGCAUUGAAGCUUGGACGAAAGCACCUUAUUUAUGUGAAGGUGAUUUACGACAAUCAUUCUACUGGCUCGUUGAUGUUGUUGUUGUUUUAUCUAAAAAAUAAUCAUACACAAACACACAAAAAAUAAACUAAACAAAAAAACAAAACGUUCCAAAUCA